GCAAACCACCAGGCGUCAUUGUUCUAGUUUCGCCUUUCGAUGGUCCAACGAAGACCAGCGCGUUUAGGAAGAAGCGUAUGGGACUCCCACUGUGUGCAGGUCCAGAAAGACGGGCUACUAGACUGCGCAAAAGUGUGUACAGUCGGCGGACAAUGAUUGCAUAGCAAUGAUUUUUCUUUAGCGCGCUAACAAGAACAAACAUUUAAGGCGAAUCUGAUCAGUGACAUCCUGUUCCUGGACGUAAGGCAUGUGAGUGAAGUCAAGCUCGAAUUAUUAUAAAUGCAGCGGUGAUUAGAGAUUGAUCCACGUGACCGCUGACUGGUAAUUGCACUCCAGGAGGUUCUGCAUUGGAUUCAUUGUGUUCAUGAGCAAAGCCUUACACAGAGGAUAAAGGUUAAUAACGUGUGGGACUGCAGGAAAGGAGCUGCCAGCAAUGGCAGGAUUUUUGGAUAAUGUUCAUUGGCCAGAGUUUGAGUGUAUAGACUGGGGAGAGAGGAGAAACACAGUGGCCUCCGUCAUAUCUGGUAUACUGUUUUUCACAGGGUGGUGGAUUAUAAUUGAUGCAGCUGUCUGCUACACAGAUCAGAAGGAUCUGAACCAUGCCUUCUAUACAUGUGGGGUCUUUUCUACUUUGGCCUUUUUCAUGAUCAAUGCAGUGUCAAAUGCUCACAUCCAGGAAGACAUCUAUGGGGAAGGUUGUCUUGGAAAGAUAGGAGCUCGUCUGUGGCUCUUUAUUGGCUUCCUGAUAAUGUUUGGCUCCCUGAUUGCUGCUAUUUGGAUCCUGUUUCAGGCUUACAUUGUGCCAGGAAAUCCUGUGUAUCCUGGACUUUCUGUAUUCUUUCAGAACUUGUUCAUAUUUUUCAGCACUCUCAUGUACAAGUUUGGACGAACUGAGGAUUUAUGGGGAUGAGUUGGCUUGUCUCAAAUCUUUCUAUCAUGCUUCCUAUUGAUGAGGUGGUUCAGGAAUAUUGUGUUUCUCAUUGCUCAGUUUCCCCUGCUGGCUCUAUUGAGUCAUGGACUCCAACUCCCAGAAUCCUCAUCACUUCCAUGCUAGAUCUGACUCAUCUGAUCACGAUCAUCUUCCUCACUUGAGCAGUGACCCUUUGGACCAUAAACUGCUCUUGUCUGUUUUUCUAAUCUGGAUUGCCCCACCACUUAUUAAAACAACUUUUUAUCUGAAA